AAUAAUCGAGAAGACCGCAACAAGCAUUGUGAGAACUGUCAUUCGUCGUCGCAUCGACGUCGUCGUAAUAAUCAUCGUCGUCGUCGUUCUCGACGGCAAGGAAGAGAGCCCAUCGAGGAGAGGAGAGGAGGAUUUCGCGUCGUACUCCCACAUCGACGGAGAGGCUUUCGCAUCGGACAACGAAGCGCCGUCGGAGGCCGUCCGUCGAUCGCCGGUCUUCACUACUUUUCGCGGCGUGCAAAGGGAACGAGAGGUGGGGCCCCGGCCGGGUCUCAAGCGGACGAAGGGGCAAGGGCAACUCGGUGACGUGCCGUCUCCGACUUACGCGCGACUCAUCCCUCCGAAGAACGUCCCUGGCUCCUCAAGGACAACGCCAGUCAUUGCAGCCAACAGCAGCGGCGGACCCUUCGGUAUACCCGGUUAUCUGGAGUCCGGAUUGUCGCGACUUCCCGGCACUCGGAAUAUUACUGGAGGGCGUAACGAGUAACCAGCAAUGAGUACCACGGACCCCACCGGGGAGGGUGGAGGAGGAGGAGGAGGAGGAGGGGAGGGCGCCAUGUCGACGAACGUCGAACAGAAUGCGUCUCCUAGCACGCCGAAUACCGGCGCCGCGGUACCGGUACAAGCGACUGCUCAGCAACAGCAACAGCAUCCGCCGCCGUCGCCCCUGAGCGGCUGUUAUCUUCUCGUCGUGCUUCCUGAGCCUCAUACCGCGCAACACAAGGACCUCAUCCUGAACCGCCUCGCGAAAGGUUUUCUAUCAUGGGACAAAGACAGUUGUCACGUAGAUCUGGAGAAGGAACUAUUGGCCUUAGUAGCACAAGCCCCCGAAGGCGAAGAAGCCAGAAAUGGUGAAAGAUUGAUUCAAUAUGCCACUGAGAAUCUCGUGACCGAAGUUCUCAUUCACCCGCAGACAAAUACAUUGUUACAGUGUAUUCGCAAUCUCCUUGCAAGUUUCACGAAACAUCGACACAUCAUACACGCUGGAUACACAUUCGGCGGCAAUGGUUCCUGGAUAUUGCAGGAUGGAACCUUCAGUCUCGCAGACUUUCUGGAUGCAUUCAGCGAACAUGAAGUGCAGAGAGUCCUUCGUGCCUACGAGAAUAGCGUUACCGUGGAUAUACAUUGUGCGGGUGUCGGCGAUUGGACGACAAGUCGAUUAUCGAAGGAAGUUUGUUGCAGAUUUUGCAGAGUCAGAGUGAAUCCCGACGAUGUUCUUACAGCUGGUAUGCCGGCUAUCACUAGUUUCACGAAUUACAUUGGACAGUAUCUCAUGCCGCAAACGCUGGACCAGCUCAUGGAACCGUCGGACGUUGUCGGAAAUAUUAGAUUUAGCCAUCCGACCUUAUACGUCUUCCCCGGUGGGCAAGGUGACGCCGCGCUUUUCGGUAUAAACGGCUUCAACAUGCUCGUCGACGGCGGCUUCGCCAGAAAAGCCUGCUUCUGGGACUUCACCAGGCAUCUAGAUCGAUUGGAUGCAGUUCUAGUCACUAGGAUAAAUAAUAGCAACAUCGGCGGCAUGUUUAGUGUCCUCCGCAAGAAGAAAGAGAUGCACGUCUAUCCUCAAAUCGGCCAUUUCUUCUGUAACUUAGUCGAAAGAAGACAAUCAAAUUCACCCGAUGGCGAUAAGGAUAUCGAUCCACUCAUUCUCAAUCUCACCGAUAUCGGUCAGGAGAUGGUGCUGAAUCUUCGGCAUAUCAAUCUCCGCGCUCAUCCUUGCUACAGAGAUUCGGAGCCGAUUAAUCUCUAUCACAAAGUAGGCCACGGCACUCUGGAUAUGUAUGUGCUUAGUCCGAGCAAAGACAGUCGCGAAGUGCGCGAGUUUCUGUCCAAGUGGCACGCCUCGGAUUCAAAGCUAUUCGCCGGUUCUCACAAGAAGGACUCGAAUAAUCUCACAUUCCCGAUUCAAAACCUUGUGUCGAUAUGCGCUCUCCUGGUUUGGCAACCGGCUAAUCCUGAAGAUAAUAUCACGCGAAUCCUCUUUCCCGGCAGCACGCCGCAGCACAAGAUUUUUGAAGGUUUCGAACGACUCAAGCAUCUGGAUUUCCUAAAGCACCCGGUAUGUUCAGCAAAAACACUGUCGCCGUCAACGUCUCUGGCAACCCUCAGAGACAAACCAAUCAAGAAACUCGGCCUUAUCGAGAAAGAAUCGAAAAAAAUCUCAGAGCCGAAGAAAGAGAAAAGAGAACCAUCAGAGCCCAAGUCUAUUAAGGCUGCGGACGAGGCUAUUCCUAAAACAACCCCUCAAUCGACGCCGAUUAUUCCCACGAGUAAACCCAAGACUGAAAUAAAGACGAAGAAAGUUGCGGAAAAUAAGAAGAUCGAGAUUGAGGCAAAGGAAAGCAAGAAGAUUGAGAAAGAAUUGAAAGAAGUAAAAAAGGAAUCGAAGAAGGAACCGAUUAAAGUAGAGAAACCCGAGAAGCGAGAGGACGAAACAAAAAAGGCUGAUUUAAUUAAAGCGGAAUCCGAUAAGACAGCGUCCAAGGAAAUUAAAGAACUCAAGGUCAAGCCCGAGCCAAAGAAGAAAGAAGUAAAGGAGAGUAAAACCGCAAUAAAGACCGAAUUAAAAAAGAGCGAAGUAACUCCGAAGCCGAAACCAAGCGAAAGAAAAGCUAAACCUUCUGGCGCAGAAAAAAAAGAUUCCAUAAAGUCUUCCCCUACAACGCCGAAGAAGACCUUGAAUGGGACUGCUACGAAGGCGGAGAUAUCAAAGGCCGCGCCAAAGGCAAAACUGGCGCCCAAAAUUAUUCCCAGUCUUCCAGCCAAGAGCGCCAAGGAGGCUAAUAACAGAAAAGUGGUGGAACAAAAAAAAUCCGAAGUCGAGAAGUCUGUUGUGAAGGAUACCGCGGUUUCUGUCAGUAAAAUGUCGAAGCCUAAACCAACGGAUAGGAAACCGAUCAGUCGUCGUCCGAAACCGGUCAGUCCCAGUAAAGCUCGUAUGCCAGGCAGUCCGGCGAAAUCUACUCGUAGCACGCCAACCACUUCCGUGAAAUCUGACAAAGAUGGUGUUAUUCGCAAAGUAAAGGGCGACAAAGGCACCACCGAUUCAUCCACGGUUUCUACUCCAUCCGGCAUAGAACCGGAAGCCGUAAAGCCAAUUGAUAAGAGUUUAAUCGAACAGUCUGAAGAUAUGUCGCUGGAUUCUAUAGAAAGUAAAGUGCUGGCUGAUCUUAAAGAAGAGAGGGAAGUCGUCGAAGAAAUUGAAGCUGUUCUACAAAAGGCGGAAAGGAUUGAAGAGACUCGAAAGGAUGAUCGUUUCGAGGGAGACGAUGAAAUCACAGCCGAGGCUACGGAUAAGAAAGAGGAAGAUAUCACAGAAGAGGAUGUCACCGCCGAGAUUGAAGAUAUGCCUAAAAAAGAAGGUUCCAGAAAAGAAAGCCAAGAAUUAACCGAGGAAGACGAAUAUCUUAUCGUGGAAAAGGAAGAAAUUUACACCGAGGACUCGGUUCAAAGUGGCGAAGGUGAACAGAAACAUGUUCUUGAUGAAGCUGAAUCGGAAAAAGCGAAAGUCCUACAAGAUGCAGAGGCUAUAAGAGAAAAAGGUGAGAAAGAAGAGCCCGAGGAAAAAGGAAAAGACGAGAGCCCAGAAAAAAAAGUUGAUAAAAUUGCGGACAAGGACAAGGAGAUUGCUGAGCUGUUUUCAGAACACAAAGAACAAUUGCAAAAAGAAGUAAAAGAAAUAAUAGCUUCUGCUGCUGAAAUCGUGCAGAAAGCCGAAGAGAAGGAUGACUCCGGUAAAAAAGACAGCGAAGACAUUACAAAAGAACCAUCCAGUCUCAGUCCGGACAAAUUGGAUUCGUCAGAGAAGAAAACGACUGAUACAGACAUGAAGCCGGAUGUCGACCAAAAGGAGCAUAUCCUUGAAAAGAGAGAAGAAUCUCAAGAACGAAUCUCGACGAUAGAAUCGGGAGCCACUACAACCGCUCCGACUUUGCCGGAAGACGAGCGGAUUCCAUUGGACGAAAUAAAAGAAGACAUCGACGAGAAACACGUUAUCGAAGAAGUGAAAGAGAAGGAUGCUCUUAUAAUGUGGAAGGAGGAGAUAGUUCCGGAAACUGUUUCCGCGACUGCUAAACCGGAGGUCAAGAUCUUUGAUGUUCGCCAAGCGAUGCAAAAUUUGCAAAGAGACAUCGUCAAGACACCCGACGAGGUCGCCGAUCUGCCAGUUCACGAGGAAGUCGAUCCUAAGCUUUACAGAAUGGAAGAUUUUGAGAAGGGAAAAGAGGAGAAGCCUUCGCCGACUACACAAGAGAUUAAAGAGUUACCCACGCCACCUGUAAAGGAACAGAAGGGUGUCUUCAGCUUUUUUGGCAAAGUAGCAGAUAAGUUUGAGAAAGGCAUUGAUAAAUUAACCAAAAAAUCGAAAAAAGAGUCUGACAAAGAUUCUGAUGAAAAGUCUUCGAAAUCUAGUUCUCCAAAGGAACUAAAGAUCCAAGAAAAGACGUUCUUUGAAGAAGUCGAUAUGGAGAAAAUGUUCCGUAAAGUUGGCAAACCCGCCGACAAACCUGAAAUGUUUGAGAAAAUGAAACCUACGGUCGUCGAUGUGAAAGUGGCUGCCAUCAAAGAAACAGCGGCAUUCAUACAAGAGGAAAUAUUUGAUGCGCAGAGAAAAAGCGUGUCUGAUAUCGAAGAAAAGCUUCCGAUUGAUAAAAUGGAAGAGAUUAAAAAAACAGAAGCUGAAAUUGAAGAACCGUUAUUCGCAAAGGAUGUAUCACCGAAAGCAGUCGACGAUAAGGAAAUUGCCAAGGAGAUCGAACUUUUAAAGGAAGAAGAUAUAGGAGAGGAUGUUGAAGAAGUAAAGGCUCUUCUGGAAGAAGCCUCUAAGAAAUUUAAAACUGUGAAAGAUAGUUUAAGAGAUUCGUUAGAAUCAUUGGAGGAAAAAGUUAAAGAGGAAGAGAUACAACAUGAAGUAUCAUCCAUAAAGGAUAUUGUAAAGGAUACUUUGGAAGGGGUAGCCGAGAAAUUAGAAGAAAUAAAACCGCAUAUUGAGAGCCAUUCACUUGACAUAAAAGAACCGGAGAAAGUUAAGUUUGCUAUACCAAAGGAUGAAGAAUUUGAAGAAGAAUAUGAAGAGGAGCUAGAGGGACCAUAUAGAGAUGUAAAAGAAGCCGUCAGGGAUGUUGGAGAAGUUCUCGCCGGUACUGCCGGAAUUAAUCUGGAAGAUAAACCUAAGGAUGUUACAGAAAUAGUAAAGAAAGUCGCCGAAGUUCUCAAGGAAGAUGAUUUUCUUUCCGAUAAAACAUUGUUCGAUCAAGCUUCUAAGAAAGAAGAAAUCUUGCCAAUUUCGGAAGGGAAACCGUCGGAAGAAGAAAUUUCGACAGAAAAAAAGCUCUCGAUACCAACCGAAAAAAUAUCUCAAGAGAAAGAUACUAAGUUGGAAGAAAUCAAAUCUAAACUUGCUCAUGAAGAUAUCGUGACACCGAAGAAGGUUGGAAUUACCGAAGAAUUUCCAGUUCACGAAGAGGUCGAAGAACUUAUCGAGAAACCUGGCAAACUUCUGGCGCCAAGUGAGAAACCCGGUGCUGUCGAAGUUAAGGAAGAACCCUGCGUGAAAACGAUUAAAAUGAAGGAUGAUACAGUAACUUCGCCCGUGAAGGACAUCACGAAAGAUAAGAAGGACGCUGAAAAGAUUUGCGCGGAAAUGUUAAAAGAUGAUCAGCAUAUUUGUGAUCAACAUAAAAAAUUGCCCGACGACGAUACGGAUCGAGUAGACGUGAUGCAGGCCGGCAUUGAGAGCACAUGCGUAAAGGAAACGACGAAACGGCCAUCCUUGGAGGACAAGCUGGCGGAAAGCGAAAUAGAGCAUCCUGUGAUAAGCUUCGAGCAAAAGGUUUCGCCGGCAAAGGCGGAGAUAGUGAUGGUGACUCCCGGUUCUACGCCUACUUCACCGAAAUUCACCGCGGAUAAAAUGUAUGAUAAGGAAUUGGAGAUUGAUUCUCGGGAACUUUCCAAACUGCCGGAGGAUAUUAAACAGGUCCUCAAAAAGGAAGCACCUAUUGAGGAAGUGAUCGAGGAAUUGAUUAUCACGAAAAAGAAAAAGAUUACGAUCGAAGUGAUCGAAUACAUCACCGUGGUGAAACGUAUCCCGAGGGAACGCGUGAUUUACAUUAUCGAGGAAAUUAUCGUUAAGAAAGGACUGCCCAGACGAAGCGUGGUGGACGAUCCCGAAAUUCUAAAGUCGAAGGAAUCCAUAACGCCUGAAAAAAGAAUGGAAGUUGAAGAUUACAUUGUUAACGAGUAUAUUGUCAAAGAAAAACGAAUUACUAUAGAAAUCGUCGACGAAAUCUCGAUUAAAAAAGUUGUGCCUAAGAAGAUCGUCAUCGAAAUUAUUGAGGAGAUUAUUGUCAAGAGAAAAAUCGUCAGACACAUGGUACUGGACAUUCCCGAGGAAGUAUUAUCUGAAAUAAUUAAAGAAGAAUCGCCGGAAGAAUCGCCAGAGGAAUCAGCAGAGGAGCAAAUAACAUCGAAAAUAGACAUAACUGCAAAACGAGAAUCGACUGCUGAAGUUCCUAGUUCUCCAACCAAGGUAGAAGAAUCAAUUAAACCUCAGAAGCGAACAGAGAUUGAAGAAUUUGUUGUUAAUGAAUAUGUCGGUAAGGGGAAAAAAAUAACCGCGUCGAUAAUCGACGAGAUUUCUACUAAAAAGGCCGUGCCCAAGAAAAUUCUCAUCGAAAUUAUUGAAGAGAUUAUUAUUAAAAAGAAGAUUCCUAAAAACGUAUUACUUGAUGUUGCCGAGGAAAAGUCCGAUCUACACGAGAUAUCGACAAUCUCCAGAACGACACCUGAAGAUAAAGAGGAAAAAAAGAUAUCAGAAACAGAAGUUUUGGACGAAAAACAAAAAUCAAUCAUUGAAGUUCCUAGCGUGGAGAUUCCAGAAAUAAAAGAGCCGGUAACUCCACAAAAAAAAGCAGAAGUUGAAGAAUAUAUUAUUAAAGAAUAUGUUUCUAAGGGAGAUAGUAUUAAUAUACAAGAACUUGAAGAAAUCUGUGUUAAAAAUAAAAUGCCUAAGAAAAUAAUUAUCGAGAUUAUCGAAGAAAUUAUCAUUAAAAGAAAAAUGCCAAGGCACAUGGUACUUGGAGUGACCGAAGAAGAAUUAUCGCGCAUAAUCAAGGAGGAAGCAACUCCAGAACCGAAAGUUUUGCAUGAGAAAAGAGAAUCGGUCGAUGAAGUGCUCAGUCCUGAUAAAAAGAAAAAAACUCCAGUUGAAUUAGAAAAAGAUAAAAAAAAGGAUAUGCCUGAAUAUGAAGUUGGCGAAAAAGAAUUAUCACCUGCAUCUGAGAAAAACGUUGUCGAGGAAGAGGAAGAGGAGGAAGAAGAGGUAGAUGGUUUUGUCAGUAUACGUAGAAAGAGUUUCGAUGAAAAGAAGAAAGCGACUUCACCGAUUAAAACAGAGGUUUUGCCUGCGGCAAAAGAGCAUGAAAAAGAUGUAAUUGACGAUUUCGAAGCUGUCGAACAAGAGUAUAAAGUGCGCGAUGUACCAAUUACGUCUCCCGAGAAGGCAGAUGAAAUGCGAGAGAAGGAAGAUAUUGAAGAAACUGCGGAAGAUACUAUGAGCGAGGUGGUCGAGGCAGAUGAGAAGUUUGUGCAAGAAACUAAAGAAAAGGUGGAGAAAGAAGAGCCUCGGAUUGAUGUGGCAAAAGAUAUUAAAUCUGACGAUAAAAAACGAGAACCUGAAGAACCAGAGACAUCUGAGAUAUCGGAAAUCGUUGAUACUACAGAGAAAUACUUGGACGAGGCUAAAGAAAAAACAGAUGACGUUUCCCCGAAAGAUAAAUCUUUAAUUGAGAAAGCAGAAGAAUUGAAAGAACUUAAAGAAAAAGAGAUACCUAAAGACGUCUCCGAUAAACGGCCUUCAAUUGAUGUAACUGCUGUGCCAGAAGUUAUUUCUAAAGUGAUCGCACCAAGCACGAAAUUAAUUGACGAGAAGACUGCGACAGAUAAAACGAAAGAAAUUGAACCUGCGAAAGAAAAAGUCGAAGAACUUAUAACAAAAGAUGAUAAAUCAAAACCGACAACUCCAGUUAAAGACGAAACAUUAACAGAUAUCGUUUCUUCUGAAAAACUUAUUGAAAAAGUUGCCGAAGGAAUAAAGCCAGAAACGAAACUCGCAGAUGCAACAGGCUUCGCACAAGAGCCAAAGACAGAAUUAUUUAAAGACAAUACAAAAUCUAAGUCAUUGGAGCCUACAGAAAUUAAAGAAAUUUCAAUAACUAAAGAAGAAAAGAGUUCUCCAGAGUUAUCCGAAGAAACUUUACAUAAAAGAACCAGUAUCUCAAAAGAGCCGGAAGAUAAAGUACUAGAAGCAAAAGAUGAACCGCAUGUUGAGGAUGUAACUAAACCUCUCGAAGAAGUUAAGGAUGAGAAAUAUCCAGCAGAUAAACCUGUAAAGAUUGACGAAGAUUCUGGCACUGUGAAAAGAAUGUUGGUCACAGCGUGCAGCGAGGAUGGCAGAGAAGAAAUAGAGAUUUGUCCGACCGGGAGCAUAACUUUUAUGAAGACCGUCACUCCGGACGAUUCUCUCAAAGAUGUAUCCGUUAAAUCAACACCAGAAAAAGAAUCUUUACUUUUGGAUAAAGACUCGUUGCACUCGGGCGUGAGCACUCCUGAAAAAGAUAGCAUUUCCGAGAAAUCUGUGCCCGAAAGUAAGGAUAAAGUCACUCCCGAGGACAGCUUGGAAAAAUCUCCCAUUGGUACUCAUGACUCACAGGAUCUUGAAGACAGUUUGGAAAAAUCAGAAUUGCAUAAACCAAAAGACAUUAAAAUAUCGUCAAUCGAUGACAGUAAGCCAAAAACGCCGGAGAAAUCAGAAGAUAUUACAAAACCGAAAUCUCCUUUGCAAAAAGAAGACUUGAAGAUGCCAGAUAAAAUUGCAGCCGAGAAGGAUACAUCACAGUCCGAAGAGGGAGAAAAACCGAAAUCUCCAGUUAAAGAUGCAGGAGAGAUUGAAAAAGUGAAGCCUCAAGCUAAAGAAAUUGUUAAAAAGAUUGAGAAACCGGAAAGUCCUACAAAAGAAAAAGAGAAAUCUCCUUCGCCAUCUGAAAUAAUACACGAAGAUGUACAAAAAUUACCUCAUGAUACAACAGCGGAAAAAUCUCCAGUCAAAUCAAUUGAAAAACCAAUACUUCCAAUCGAGAAGGCAAUUUCACAACCUGAAAAAGAAGAAACAACUAGUAUCUCGAAAACGCCUGAGUCGCUCCGUUCGGAAGAUGUUUCACCGGCCGAGACGAUUUUUUCAAAGUCACCCACGGACAAACAUGAAAUGUAUUUCUCGAAGACACCGAUUAGUGAAGAAGAUGUUGCCUCCGAAACAGUCACUGAAAAAUUAUCCGAAUUAGUUAAAGAAAUUAAACCGGUCGUAGACAAGGAAUUGAAAAUGUCGAAAGAAAGAACACCGAGUCCAGAAAGUAAAGAUCGCAUGUCAGAAAAGUUUGAAACAAAAGAACAUGAUUUGAAACCUACAUCGCCUGUUAUUACUACCAGUGCACUAGACGAAAAAGCUCCAUUGGAGAAAUCUAUAUCGCCAAGUAGCGAAAAACACGAAGAGAAAGAUGUUUUAAGUAUAUCUAGUGAAAAAUCUGACGAUAAAGAAUCGGCUAUGCGUUCAAAAUCUCCUGUUAGUGAUAAAGAAGAAAAAGAAGAUGCAACUGAUAAAUCUAAAUUAUCAAGUAUAGUUAGUGAAUCAGUCGAUAAGAAAAUAUCUGAAGAAAAAGAGACGCCAAAAGAAAGGGAACCAGUGGAUACAUCCAAAUCUCCGACCAUCGUUAGUGAGAAAUCUGAGCAGGAUUUUAAAUCCCCGGAUAAAUUUCCUAGUGUUUUAAGUGAUAAAGCCGAGGAGAAGGAAACUGAUAAGUCAAAAUCACCUAGCUCCAUCGAGAAAGAAAUAAUAAGUGAAAAAUCACCUAUUCUCGAGAGUGAACAUGACGAUGAAAAGGGACCAAUUGACGAAGUUAGAUCUUCAAGCGCAAUUAGCGAUAGAUCUGACGAGAGAAAAGAAGCCGAACGUUCAAAGUCACCGAGUAUAGCCACGGAUAAGCCGGAUCUUCAAGAUGUGGAGCAUUCUUUAGAAAAACAAAAAUCCCCUAUUUUUGAUAGGUCAGAAUCGCCUAAAGAUAUUGAUAAGACUGAAGAACAAGAUAAAAGUAGAUCUCCCAGCGUAGCUAGCGAUAAAUCAGAUAGCAAGAAAGUAAGUUCUAGAUCACCAAGCAUUUCUGUAGAAAAAGUAGAUCUCAAAGAUAUGGACCUACCAAUUGAGAGAGCCCGGUCGUCUAGUGUUGCGAGCGAUAAAGAAGAUAAAUUGGAACAACUUCCGACAUCAAAGUCAUUUAUUGACGAAACCGAAUUAUCAAAGGACGCGCAAAAAUCUCCGAAACUCGAUGAAACAGACCUGAAAGAUACAAUACAACCUCCUUUAGAUAAAUCGCGAUCGUCGAGUGUGACAAGCAUUGGCGAAUCUAAAGAAUCAAUACUUAAAGAAAAAUCACCGAUCGAAGAGUUGAUUGACAAGAGCAAAUCGCCAAGCCCUAUCGAGCAGAAAUUAGACAUCGAGGAGGAAGAAUCUGAAAAAUCAAGAUCAUCCAGUAUUGUUAAAGAAUAUAUUCCAGAAGAAAUAAAAAAAUUACCUGGCCCUGUUGAAGAAAAAUUAGAGGAUCUUAUAAAAGAGCCGAUCGAAAAGUCAAGGUCACCAAGUGUUUCAAGUAUUGUAACUGAUAAAAAGGAACCUGCCAGUCGAUCAAAAUCACCAAGUAUUAUCGAUGAAAAGCUGGAUUUGAAAAAUGUUGCUGAAGCAUCACAUGAUAAAUCAAGAUCGCCUAGUAUUAUAAGUGUUACAGAAGAGCAAAAAGAACCAAUUGAUCUCUCGAAGUCGCCUAGUAUUGCUGGAGAGAAAUCAGAUUUGAAAGACGUAAUCGAUAUGCCUACUGAUAAAUCAAGAUCAUCAAGUAUUACAAGCGUAACAGAUACUCAAAAAGAACCAACGGAUCGUUUGAAGUCUCCCAAUAUUUCUGGCGAAAAAUCAGAUAUGAAAGAUGUGAUGGAAACAAUGACAGAUAAAUCCAGAUCUUCGAGCGUCAUCAGUAUUGCAGAAGAAAAGAAAGAACCGUUUGAGCGAUUAAAAUCUCCAAGUGUCACCGACGAGAAACCAGACCUAAAAGACGUUGUGGAACAACUCGAUCAAUUCAGUUCACUCACCGCGAUUAGUGAUGUAAAGAAACCGGAAGAACGAUCAGAAUCAUCAAGCAUUGCUGGCGAUAAGUCAGAUGAAAAGGAACCAAGAGAAGAUAAAUCUAGAUCCGCCAGUGUUGUAAGCAUUACAAGCGAACAAAGGGAAACGACGGAUCAUUCUAAAUCACCUAGCAUUGCUGGCGAGAAACCGGAUUUGAAGGACAUUGCGGAACAACAAAUUGAAUUACCGAUCGAUAAAUCCAAAUCACCGAGCGCGAUGAGUGAUUCAAAGGAACCCGAAGAAAAGUUGAAAUCACCGAGCAUAGCUGGAGACAAGUUAGAUGAAAAGGAAUCAACGGCAGAUAAAUCUAGAUCUUCCAGCGUUGUAAGUACUAUAAGCGAGCAAAAGGAAACAACGGAUCGUUCUAAAUCACCUAGCAUUGCUGACGAGAAACUGGAUUUGAAGGACAUUGCAGAACAACAAAGUGAAAAAUUACCGAGCGAUAAAUCCAAAUCACCGAGUGCGAUGAGUGAUUCAAGAGAACCUGAAGAAAGGUUGAAAUCACCAAGCAUUGCUGGAGACAAGUUAGAUGAAAAGGAAUCAACGGCAGAUAAAUCUAGAUCUUCCAGCGUUGUAAGUACUACAAGUGAGCAGAAGGAAACAACGGAUCGUUCUAAAUCACCUAGCAUUGCUGAUGAGAAACCGGAUUUGAAGGACAUUGCGGAACAACAAAUUGAAAAAUUACCGAGCGAUAAAUCCAGAUCACCCAGCGCGAUGAGUGAUUCAAAAGAACCCGAAGAAAAGUUGAAAUCACCGAGCAUUGCUGGAGACAAGUUAGAUGAAAAGGAAUCAACGGCAGAUAAAUCUAGAUCUUCCAGCAUUAUAAGUACUACAAGUGAGCAGAAGGAAACAACGGAUCGUUCUAAAUCACCUAGCAUUGCUGAUGAGAAACCGGAUUUGAAGGACAUUGCGGAACAACAAAUUGAAAAAUUACCGAGCGAUAAAUCCAGAUCACCCAGCGCGAUGAGUGAUUCAAAAGAACCCGAAGAAAAGUUGAAAUCACCGAGCAUUGCUGGAGACAAGUUAGAUGAAAAGGAAUCAACGGCAGAUAAAUCUAGAUCUCCCAGUGUUCUAAGUACUACAAGUGAGCAGAAGGAAACAACGGAUCGUUCUAAAUCACCUAGCAUUGCUGAUGAAAAACCGGAUUUGAAGGACAUUGCGGAACAACAAAUUGAAAAAUUACCGAGCGAUAAAUCCAAAUCACCGAGUGCGAUGAGUGAUUCAAGAGAACCUGAAGAAAGGUUGAAAUCACCAAGCAUUGCUGGAGACAAGUUAGAUGAAAAGGAAUCAACGGCAGAUAAAUCUAGAUCUUCCAGCGUUGUAAGUACUACAAGCGAGCAGAAAGAAAUAACGGAUCGUUCUAAAUCACCUAGCAUUGCUGGCGAGAAACCGGAUUUGAAGGACAUUGAGGAACAACAAAUUGAAAAAUUACCGAGCGAUAAAUCCAGAUCACCCAGCGCGAUGAGUGAUUCAAAAGAACCCGAAGAAAAGUUGAAAUCACCGAGCAUUGCUGGAGACAAGUUAGAUGAAAAGGAAUCAACGGCAGAUAAAUCUAGAUCUCCCAGUGUUCUAAGUACUACAAGUGAGCAGAAGGAAACAACGGAUCGUUCUAAAUCACCUAGCAUUGCUGAUGAGAAACCGGAUUUGAAGGACAUUGCGGAACAACAAAUUGAAAAAUUACCGAGCGAUAAAUCCAGAUCACCCAGCGCGAUGAGUGAUUCAAAAGAACCCGAAGAAAAGUUGAAAUCACCGAGCAUUGCUGGAGACAAGUUAGAUGAAAAGGAAUCAACGGCAGAUAAAUCUAGAUCUCCCAGUGUUCUAAGUACUACAAGCGAGCAGAAGGAAACAACGGAUCGUUCUAAAUCACCUAGCAUUGCUGAUGAGAAACCGGAUUUGAAGGACAUUGCGGAACAACAAAUUGAAAAAUUACCGAGCGAUAAAUCCAGAUCACCGAGUGCAAUGAGUGAUUCAAAAGAAUUUGAAGAAAAGUUGAAAUCACCGAGCAUUGCUGGAGACAAGUUAGAUGAAAAGGAAUCAACGGCAGAUAAAUCUAGAUCUUCCAGCAUUAUAAGUACUACAAGCGAGCAGAAGGAAACAACGGAUCGUUCUAAAUCACCUAGCAUUGCUGGCGAGAAACCGGAUUUGAAGGACAUUGAGGAUCAACAAAUUGAAAAAUUACCGAGCGAUAAAUCCAGAUCACCGAGUGCGAUGAGUGAUUCAAAAGAACCCGAAGAAAAGUUGAAAUCACCGAGCAUUGCUGGAGACAAGUUAGAUGAAAAGGAAUCAACGACAGAUAAAUCUAGAUCUCCCAGCGUUGUAAGUACUACAAGCGAGCAGAAGGAAACAACGGAUCGUUCUAAAUCACCUAGCAUUGCUGGCGAAAAACCGGAUUUGAAGGAUAUUGCGGAACAACAAAUUGAAAAAUUACCGAGCGAUAAAUCCAGACCACCGAGUGCGAUGAGUGAUUCAAAGGGACCCGAAGAAAAGUUGAAAUCACCAAGCAUUGCUGGAGACAAGUUAGAUGAAAAGGAAUCAACGGCAGAUAAAUCUAGAUCUUCCAGCGUUGUAAGUACUACAAGCGAGCAGAAGGAAACAAUGGAUCGUUCUAAAUCACCUAGCAUUGCUGGCGAGAAACCGGAUUUGAAGGAUAUAGCGGAACAACAAAUUGAAAAAUUACCAAGCGAUAAAUCCAGAUCACCGAGCGCGAUGAGUGAUUCAAAAGAACUCGAAGAAAGGUUGAAAUCACCGAGCAUUGCUGAAGAUAAGUUAGAUGAAAAGGAACUAACGGCAGCUAAAUCGAGAUCUGCCAGCGUUGUAAGUGCUACAAGCGAGCAGAAGGAAACAACGGAUCGUUCUAAAUCACCUAGCCUUACUGGCGAGAAACCUGAUUUGAAAGACGUUGCGGAACAUCAAAUCGAAAAAUUACCGAGCGAUAAAUUCGAUGAUAAAAAAUCAGUCGAUGAUUCAAAAUCGUCAAGCAUUACUGGAGAUAAAUCUGAUUUAACGGAAGUUACGGAACAUCUAAUGGAUAAAUCUAAGUCAUCGAGUAUGGCGAGUAUUACAUCUGAUCAAAAAGAGCCGAUAGACAAAGCGAAAUCAAUUUCAGAUAAAAAAGAAGAUUUUGAUAGAAGUAUAUCGCCGAGCGAAAAAUCCGAGGAGGUGAAAUCAGCUGUUUACUCCAAACCGUCGAGUGUCGUUAGAGAUACCGCAGACUUGAAAGACGUGUCAGAAUCGCCAGUUGACAAGUCUAGAUCGCCUACUGUGACAACUGAUCAAAAAGAACCAAUUGAAAGACCGGUUUCUCCUCAAAUAAUAAAAGAGCCACACGACAGAAGUAAAUCUCCGAGUAUAGCGAGUGAAAAAUCUGGCUCGAGAAGGACCAGUAUCACGGAGGACAAAUCAGAUCUUAAAGAUGUCAUUGAACCGCCAGCCGAUAAAUCCAAAUCAUCCAGCAUCGCGAGUCUCACGACCGAGAAAGCAGAACCAUUUGAAAAAUCGAUAUCACCUACCGUCUCUGACAAAUUAGAAUCACUUGUUGAUCGGAGCAAAUCUCCCAGCAUUGCCAGCGAUAAAUCCGACGAGAAGAUGUCAGACAGUAAGGUCGGCGGUAAAGAAUAUUACGAAGAUGCCAGCGAUAAAUGUCCGAGUUUUAUCGACACAAAACCUUUGACAAUUGUUGAAAAAUUGGAUAUUAAGUCGGAUGAUGCUACGCCGCACGACAAAUCGCAAUUUUCUAGCAGCGACUUGGAUAAACAAUCUGUAGAAAAAAUAGAUAUUGACGAAUCGAAAAUAUUUAGCGGACAAGUCGGACAAGAUGUAAUGGAGAAGAUGAUAUCAUCACACAUUAUCAGCGGCAAAACGGAACCGAUAUCACUAUCUGAUACCUCGAAAUUACUGGAUUUAGUUGACAACAAAUUCGAUCAGAAAGAAAAGUCUAGAUCGUCCAGCGUUACUAGUGAGAGGCCCGGUGAUAUCGAUACCAAGAUUUCGCCAAGUUUGGAUAGUGAAAAAGUUCCGAAGGAUGAAUCCGCUAAAUCGUCGCGAGCCAGUUCGCCACUAGAUAAAACCCCAAAAGAUAGAUCGCGUUCACAAAGCGUUUUCGAUAUUGACGAUAAAAUCCCAGCCACUAGAUCUAGUUUAAUCGAUGACAAGCUGCCAGAGAAAGUACUCCCUCAGGACGAAAAGGAAGCAUUCAAGCAUAUUGAUAUAGAGAAAUCGCUUGACGAGAAGGACGAAGAUAAAAACUUGCCGAAAGAAAAGAAGAGUCCUGCGACAUCUCCUGAAAUGAUUCAAAAGGAAAUGCGUAAAAUUCGCGAGAAACGAUUCGCUGAUUUCGAAGAACCUGACAUUACGCAAUCAAGAACAAUAGAAAAAUCGGACGACGAGGAAGAAAACAUCGUUAAAGUGACAGCCGAGAAGAAAGCAGAAAUUGAAAAAUACAUUUUGGAAGAGUAUAUCGUAAGAAAAAAGAAAAUUAGUUUAAUAGUGAUCGAGAAAUUAGUUAUGACGUAUUCGGUGCCGCAAUUUAUAGUAAUGGAAAUAAUAGAAGAUAUUAUCAGCCGGCAAAAUGUGCCCAGAAAUACAGUAUUUGACUUUGUCGACGAUGAAUCCGACUCUCAACACAAAAAAGAAAUGACGACAUUGCCGCCACAAGAGAAGGCAGAUAUAGAAAAAUAUAUAAACGAAGAAUUUAUUGCGAAGAAAAAGAAAAUUACGCCAGAAACAUUGGAAGAGAUUGUCAUUCUCAAAGGCUUGCCACGAUACGUUAUUAUAACCAUAAUCGAAGAGAUUAUUAUGACCAAGCAUAUUUCUAGAAAUACCUUGAUCGAAGGUGAUUUAGGGGAAUUAAAGGAAAAAAGUCCAGACGAGAAAAAAGAUAGGCCAAUCUUACCGACCGAUAUGAAAUUAAAACAAACUACCGUUUCUCAGGAAUAUCUUCAUGAAAAGCCAAGCGACACUACGAAGAGCGAAAGUCCUGACGGCAAGGUAUCCCCCGCUGACAGUGCUCGAGAUGUGAAAGCUCUUUCUGCUAGUCCCAGUCUUAGUCCAGAGCCCAUCCCUUCUGACAAAUCGACCCAGGACAGUCCAGUUCGAUCUGAACCGCACAUAGACGAAGAGAUCUUGAUAUCGGAGGAAAAACGAACGGAGAUCGUAAAGCUUUUAGAGGAAGAGUACAUAAAGAAAGGCCGCAGGAUCACGGAAGUGAUACUCGAGGAGAUAAUUAUCAGAACUUCCCUUCCGAGAUAUAUUAUCUUGGAGAUUGUAGAGGAGAUUAUAUUAAAAAAGAAAAUACCGAGAGAAUCUGUAAUCGACGUUGAGAUUUACCAAGAGGAAGAGCCGGAAGAGGACUACGAUAAGGCGGUUUAUGGUUAUGACAAAAUGGCGGAUGUGAGUUACGAACUGCCGCAUGAUGCCGGGAAAUCUUCCAUCGAAUACAGAAUGAGCGGGAUGUAUUCGGAAUCCGGCGAGCGACAAAUAGAUAAAUCUGACUAUUCGAUGGAUUAUGAGAGCCAGUUCCACAAAGCUUUUAGCGGCGGUAUGACGGAGAUGCGGACGACGCACAUAACCACCCUCUCCGGCAAAUCGACACCAGAAUUCAUUCACGACGCGACACCCGAGUCUGGAAUUGCAGCUGCUGACAAAGCGCCUGAAAAAUUAUCGGAGAGCAUUCUUACCACGACUCAUAUAACCGACGUCGAAGAUCCAAAAACCGUGCAAACUGUUACGAUACUGAGGGAAAGCAAGAUUACAGAGCCGCAUCUUCCUGCGGAAAGUCCGGAAAAACACGAUGCGAAACAUGAAAUUAUCGAUAAAGAUGAAUCCGAAAAAGAAACUUCGAAAGAGGAUCAAUCCUCUGAUGACAUUGUAAUUAAGAAGAUCGUGGAGCGCAAAAUAAUUGAGCAGGAAGAGACGGCCGAGACAUCCGGUGAACCUACGAUUGAAUCGGAUAGCGACGUCAUCGUAGUUAAAAAAAUAAUCAAACGCGAAAUAGUUGAACCACAAGAGGAAUCGGAAUCCGAUAAAAUAGAAACUAAAGAAACCAAACGGCCGAGCGUCCAGCAGGACGAACCUGAGGCGAUUACCAAAAUCAUUAAGCGGGAGAUCGUGGAGCAUGACGAACCGGAAGUAAUCACUAAAGUCGUCGAACGUGAAAUUAUCGAGCAGGACGAGCCCGAAAUUAUCACAAAGGUAAUCAGACGCGAGAUCAUCGUUCCUGAGGAAGAAACGAGCGAUUCCAAGGAAGACUCUGGCGAAUAUGUAAAGACAAUUACAACGAAAACAACGAGAACAAUCGUGACAGAGGAACUGCCAGAUGCCGAAUUAUUACAGACUGAUCCUUCCAAAAUUUACACAGAUCCUGCCUCGGGUACAACCUAUAGGGUUGUGAGCGACGAAAGCGCACCUGACGCGACGAGCAGCGCUGAUGUGAAGCGAAUCGUGACGACGGUAACUACAAUCACCGGUCCGGAUGGCAAGGUCACCACGAAGAAGGAUGUGAAAGAGAGCUCUGAUACAGUGGACAGCGAAAAAUUGCUGGAGGAAUUGAUCGAUUCAGAUAAGAUGACGACGGAGACCACCAAGUCCGCGGAAAAAAUUAUUAAGGAAACUAUUACAACGGUAACGUCAGGCACUUCGACACCUGAUGCAAAAAUCUAUGAUUCCGGCAAAUCAACUCCAGAUCUCAAGCAAGAGGAUAAGCUUGAGUCCACGACGAAGGAACGCUUAGGUGUCGAGAAGUUUGAACCCUCGCCAUUAGUAAAAGAUUUGAUAUCGGAUGACAAGAGCUACUCCGGCAAAUCUUCGCCAGACAUUUCGCUACCUAAGGACAUUGUCUUCAGCGGCUCGACCGGAAAAUCCACGCCGGAGAUACCCAUGUCACCAUUGAUUCGAGACGGUGCAAUCCAGCCGCAUCUAUCGGGUAGAUCAACGCCUGAUCGAAAAUCCGACGGUCGAUCAUCGACAGGCACGCCGGAAGGCUUCAGAUCGGGUGACGUGAUCCGUACCACCAUCACUACCACGAAGAUGAUAUCCGACGAAGGCGAGAUAGUGACAACUAUCAGAGAGAUUACGGAGGCGACGAAUGAAAAAGGCGAGACCGUUGUGCUGGCGGAGAAGACUGACGUGAAGGUGGACGAGCGUAUGCCGAGUAAGGACGCUGCGGAGAGUGCAAUGAGCAGCAUCAUCAGCGGCGUCAAGUCCUCGGAGUUGCAGCGUAGCGGCAGUUCGGCAUCCGAUGACGCGACUAGCGACAAGGAUCGCGAUCCUUCGAGCGAGCAUAGCAGCAAGAUCAUGACUCAGGCUCAACGGGAUAGCAGCGAGGAACCGCACACCAUUUCCGACGACGAGCCGCCGAGCUCGCCUUUAUCUUCGACCUCGCAAAUGGGAUAUUCACCGCAAGCAACACGUCGCUACGAGCAAUCGUCCGACAAGGAGGAGGAGCAGAAAGAACACCAAAUCGAAUUCUCAGCAGCCGCAAUGAGCAGCAGCUUCUACGGCGAAUUGCCAGCGGUACCGACUCAGAUCUCCGCCAUGAAGACCUUCCAUGGAGAGACCGGUGUGCAGAAGAGUGAUCCUGUUCCCAUUCACGGUCAUUUUAUGGUCGAAAAGGAGUUCGCUGGUGGUUACGGUGAGAAGCCGGAUGCGAAGAGAUACGUCGACGAGGCCGAUCUCGAUUUCGACAAGGCGCUGAUGGAGCACAAGGAGAUGAAGGAGGCCAACGGUGCUUUUAGCAGUGGCAUAGCACCCAGGUACACAAACGGUAGUCUUCGACAUGAGGCGGACGAUGCAAAGGAUCAUCCGUCGUCUUCUUUCCACGACGACAAGGAAGAUGCAAAGGGUGACUCAAAGAAGGAUCCUCUGGAAGGAUGGGGCAUACCUCUCGGCCUGCCGUCUCCUAAACCUCCCAGAAAAUUUAACCUGAAGAGCUCCGCUCAAGCAUCCUGUUCAAGCGAAUCGACUUCCGAUAUCUUGAACUUCGACGUAUUAAAAGAUUGGGGGGAACCUCUCAGAUUACCAUCUCCUGCCCCGACGACUAAUGAGAUCUCGAAUAAAGGAACGCCUGGCACGCCGAAGAAAGAGCGGAAGCAAGCGAAGAAAGUUCAGUCUGAGAAUAUUAAAAAUAAGAAACGCUCGGAAAGUCCUGGUAAAAACGAGAAAAAGUUGAAGGAUUCGAAAAAUAAAAUCCAACCGGUUUAUAUGGACCUGGCAUAUGUGCCGCAUCACGGAAAUUCGUACUACACUUCUUUGGAAUUCUUUAAGCGAGUGCGAGCGAGAUACUACGUUUUUAGCGGCACCGAGCCGAGCCGAGAAGUCUACGAUGCUCUACUGGAAGCUAAGAAGACUUGGGAAGACAAGGAUCUCGAGAUAACCAUGAUCCCAACUUAUGACACCGACACUCUGGGUUACUGGGUUGCCGACAACGAGGAGGCACUCGCUGCGAAUCACAUAGAUCUAUCGCCGUCCGCGUCCCGGUGCACCAUCAAUCUCCAGGAUCAUGAGACUAGUUGUAGCGCCUACAGGCUCGAGUUCUAGGGAUUGGCAGCUUGCUCAGCCGUAAUAGUCGAGUUCUGAGCGGCGUCCGGAACGCGUCAUCAUUCCGCUUUUUUGGACCCAUUCCUACGAAAAAAAAAAAAAAAGAUAGAAGAGAAGAGGUCGAGCGCGCGCGCGUAGACCGACCUACCGUCCCGUCAGGGCGAGCCUUGACGCCCUGACUCCUUCUUUCCCUUAGAAGACCCAAAGACAAACGAGAUGGCAUUUCGAAUUUUCGAGAUUCCCUCGCAGUCGUAGCUCCGCGGCCUAGCAGGAUCGUAGAAGACCCUAUCGAAUUCUAUGUAGAGAUUGUCUCGAAGAAGAAAGACCCUAUCUUCGAGUUCGCGCAGUUCUCAGAUCGAGACCUAUUCUAAUCUAAAUUAACAUACGUUCUCCGUAAUUCUUUUGCGAGGAGACGGUGCGGGCGACGAGACGAGAGAUUGUAGGGAUUUUUCUCUUUAGUACGGACACAAGGUAUAAAAAAGAUUAAUUACUUACUUCUAAGAAGCCGAUUAUAUUAAAAUAUAGAUAAUUUGAUUAAGGAUCACGCUGUGUUGAUAACAGCGGCGGAUGUUCUCCUUUUUGGUCUAACGAAUAUUUGUAUUUCUACACUUUGCACACCGUUCGCAGUCCAUGUAGCGCGCUGAUACCGCCUGCAAUACCUUAUCAAUCACUGCUCAAGUCGAGGACGAUCGCGGGAAUUCUCCUUCUCGCAGAGAUUCCGCUCUGAAAGCGAAGAAGAUGUGACAUUGCUCGAUCGAUCGAUCAAUCGCGAGUCGAUGUCAAAAGUUCAUAAAUUUCGCGGCUUGGGGCAAUCUACGUUAUAGCGCUUAAAUUGUGACUUUAAUUAGGAUUGCCGAUUCACAAGAUCAGCGAAUCGAACGAUCGCAGUGUCACUCACAAUGCGAGAUCUUCUCGCGCCCUACCCUCUUCUCGAGCAGCAGAUUAAAGUAAAACUUUUAAUAUCUGACACAGCUGCCGCUUCAAGAGCACCGCGUAGUAUUCAGUGUAUCAGUUAAAAAGAAAAAAAAAAUAUGUGAGAAAAGGAUGAGGACACGAGAAAAGGAGAGUGUCAUAUUCACGCGGUGAGAUAUAUCGUGAACUGGAAACGAAAGAAGCGCGCUUGACGGAUCCAUCGAUGAUGGAUCGUUGUCCUUAAACGAGAUGUGCAAGGAGAGAAUGAUUGCACGUUAUCCGCGAAACAUUAUCCUUCGUUGUUACGUAAUUAACGGCCCCCUUUCUCGUCGUAAAUGUCUAUUCGUGCGUAGAUAAAAACGGUUAAAUUUCAUUGGAAAGUCUACUAGGAUAGGGAAUUAUCUGUGUGUCGUGUUUCUAUAUCGUAGAGAAUAUGUAGAGAGCGAUGGUCGCGCGAGCUUGAUGACAGAUUUUUGUCAUCUUGGGAUCCGCGUGAGCGACGUGGCCGGGUUAGGCGUCGAGGAGUCCGACGAGGAUGUUUUCGAACAAGUCCGAAAGAGCGUUUCGUUCCGUGGAAGAAAGCGCAGGACGAUGAUGAUGCAUUUCGAAAUGUCUAUUGGUUUUGGAACAAUGGUUUUGAUUUUUGGAGACAUCAAUCUUCCGUGGAGGAUGACGAGAGAGAAAAGAAAUUUAGGAGGAAUCUUGUUAGUCAAGUGGAAAUUAAUAACAAAACUGUCGGAAAUAAAAGUGAAAAAUAUUUUUAAUGAUCGAAUCACUGUAGCAUCGCACAAACAAGUUUCUUGCAAAUGAGAUCCGAGUGAUCUCUGAAUAUUUCUGGAAGGAAAAAAUGUCGGAUGGAGGAGUGAUCGAGAAUAGCAUUUUUCAAGAGGACAGUCCGUGAUAGAGAAAACUUGUUUGACAGACAGUAAAAGAGAUAUAUUACUGGAUAUUUGAAGCAUGAUGUAGCACUGAAGACUGGAUCAGAUUAAAGCUCCGUUACAAUGAGAGACGAGGAAGAUCAUGCCAUCGAUUUUAUCACGACGUAUCAUAAAGUAGCUCGCGCUCAAGUGGAGAUUCAAAGUUAAAGAAAAAUAUUCGAAUGACUGUUCCGCUCGAUUACUAUUUUCUGAGGUAUCGACGAUAUCGAUAUGAAGAUAACUGAUUGUUAUUUCUUGAAUAGAUUCGUUUCCAGAUAGACCUCGCGGUUGAUCGUCGGCGAUCUUGAAAUCAUCACGUGACAUCAUGUGAAUUCACUCGGAAGAGUUCAUUAAGAUCAAUAAAACUUUUUGUACUUAACCUUCUCUCAACUAGGGCGUUUUAUCGAAAUGUCAAAGCGCGUGACAAACUGACGAGACGAUGAUAACGGUGAUGCAGUAUAGUGACGACAAUUGAUAACGCGGACGUGGAUGUCAAACAUCCCGUUUAUUCGAGAGCCUCAAUACUUGAAACACGAUUUUUAACGAAUCGAUCUCCCAUUCAUUUUUACCGCACAACGAGGGCGUGAAAAACAUUUGAGAUCAUAUUACAGGAAAUGUUUACGAGUGAAUGUUCGUAAAGAGAUGUCGAUAAACCUUGCUUAAAUAAUGCAAAAAUUUAAGACGUAUGUAUAUAACGUAAAGAACUUUCAAAGGUAAAUCUUUACAAUUUUCGACAUUUGUGCUGUCUGACUAUUCAUUUCGAUAUUUUUUUCUCUUAUGAGAUUGAAAGAGAGACCAGGUCAAGCAUCUUGAUUCUAAACAUACGUGUAGUAGUAACCUUAAGAAAUCCAUUUAAUGCCGAGUCCGUGUGAGAGUCCCCUAAAUCGCAAUUGUCACUUCAUGUCAAAUCAAUGUGACGCUAAUAAAUUUGAAUCGAAAUCAAAACGUGUCGGUUUAGGCGACAACCAUCUUGAGCAAUCAACAGCUGCGAUUUAGGGAUGUAUCGAGGGCGUACGUAGAAGAGAUCGAUCAUCGUCUUGAAAUUACGAGGGAACACGAAAUAUAUAGGGUGGAAGGAGAAUCGAUAUGCAAGAGAUAACGGAGAGACAAGUGCGAUUAAGCGCGAUAUACCGAAACUGUAACUUAUAGAGGACACCUUUGCCCACAUUAUUCUAGCGAGAUCCAUGGAGACGAAAAAUAAAAGUAACAUUUAUCGCAAAGUCGUCUUUAUGUUCACGUCGCAGCUAAAUAAACACGAGGCUGACCAUCAUCGGAUUUUACUACUUGAAGAUUGCAAAAAAAAGUCGAGAAAUCUCGAGAUAAGAGACGCUUGCGAGAUAGAUUAGGACGUCCUCGACACAUUACCUUGAAACAUGAAGUAUAUCCUACGACGAAAAAAAAAAAAAAUGGAUUUCGCUGAAUGAAGAUCGGAGAAAGCUCUCCUCUAUACGAGACACAUUCGUGCCUACACGAAAAUGAUGGUGCUCGAUUAGACCGAUCGUUGAUGACCUUUGUUAAGAUACGAUAUGGUAUCGAGGCGAGCGAUCGGCAGGAGGUGUUUGAUGAAAAACGAUUUGUCUUGUCGCUGCAAUCGACACGCGAUAUUAGCGCGGCCUUCGGGUCCGGUUUCUAUAGAUUAGUGCGUAAGUUUUUUACCGUCUGUGUAAGUUACACACUUGAUACUUUUUGUUCCGACUUGCUUUUCACACGCGUAUAUGUACUCAUCAUUCGUCUCAUUUAUCUGAUUAUUUAUUGUUCAUUCUCUUUGUUUAUCGCGCGAUCAUUGUAUCACCAGACGCAGAAGGGCGUUUGAAUAAUGAAAAUCAAUUGCCGAGAGAAAAUUUGCGAGAAGACUUUGAUUAUAUCGUUUUUCUUUUUUCAAUUAAAUUAUGAGCGAUCAAGAUUUUAUUUCGCUGACUAGCAAAAGAGGAGCAAAGGGAGCGAGAAAAUUUUAUAAUAGAAAAAAAACAUGUAAAAGAAAGAGAGAAAGGCAUUGUGACAUUGAUAAAAAAAAGAAGGAAAAAAAGAAGGAGAAUAAUCGAUAUUGUUAUAAAUAAGACUAUUAUUAUAUACCGGUUAUUUUUAACUACUAUUGUGCUUGUUAUCAUUGCGCGAUAUUACGCUAUUAUUAUUAUUAUUGCGAUUACUCUAUUAAUAUUAUUACGAUUACGUUCGUGAGAGCGGGUCAUUAUCAUCAUCAUCAUCAUCAUCGUUUUCUCUUUCGUGAAUGAAUAGAGAAGUUUUUAUAGUAUUUACCGAUACCCCUUGACAUAUACGUAUGAUAGAGAAUUAUCGGCAUACAAGGGAAAAUAGAUCUAUAACAUAAAAAAGAGAGAGAGGAAAGCACAAGAAAGAGAAAAGGGAGAUGAUGACGAUGAAGUAUGUACCUAUGUAUUUAUAUAUUAUUUAUUGACAAGUAAUAUAAUGACCAGUUUUAUCUAGGUAGGAUGUUAAAAAUUAUAAAAUUAAAUUUUUUUUAAAUGAGAACAGAAUAAAUUAAUAAACUAUUAAAUGAGAAGCUAUUGUCGAUCGAUGAUGAUGCGCGCAGGAUAGAUUAAAUAAACGAAAAAUAAAAAAAAUUUAUGGAAGUAAUUUAAAUAAAAAGUAUAAAAAAAUAAUAAAAAAAGAACAAAUAAGAGAUUAGGAACGAGCUUUCACCGAAACAGAUUAGCGGGAAAUAUGCGAAAGGGAAGAAAAAAAAAUAUAUAUAUAUAUAUAUAUAUAUAUAUAUAUAUAUA